UUAGUUUGGAAAAAUCAGUAGAACUUUCCCUACUACCACCAUCGUUCUUAUUUAGUUGUUCAAUCUUCCUCAUGCAGCUAUUAAUUGACUAUGGGCACCACUGCCAGUACCAGCAAGCAGACUGCAUCAGCCAUCCGAGCACAAUGUGACAGGGAUGCCAAACCGUCUGGAUUUGACAAUCGUUCUGAAGAUAUUAACACUGCGGCAGGCUUGGCAAAAUCCAUCAUCACCAACAAAGUGGCACCUGUUGUAAUUACGUACAACUUGAAGGAAGAAUUUCAAGUUCAUGAUGAUUUUCACAAGGCCCACUAUGUCAUUGGUUGCAUGAAUGAUAAUUUACCUGAGCACUACCUUGUCCAGGGGAAAUAUUUCAUGGUCAAAGAUUUCAACAACAAAGUUGAUGACCUUCUCACCAUGAGUAAUUAUGGGGCACCAAACUUUCGCCAGAGUUACCUUGGUUAUCCAGUGUACGGCAUGGGACAGCCAACGAUGAAAGGCUUCUGCAAAGUACUGCAAAGACUGAAGGAAGAAGGACAUCAGGAAAUUAUUUGCUUCAACGUUCGAGAGGAACCAAUCAUUUUGUUUCACCAGGAUGAUGAUUUCAUUCCUUACACCCCACGUGACCAGACAAAUCUGCAGGAAAAUCUCUAUAGCCUUACUCCAAGAAAUCAGGUGGAAGAACUGGAAUUAAUCAUUAAGAAGGAGCUGCUGGAUUUUGCUGCAUUGAGCAACAAAACGUACUUUGUAUACAAUGAUACUGAGCAAUUUGUUGCCGAGGCUCUCCCAAAGAAAAUUGAGAAUGAAGAUGACAUUCGCUUAUCAGAAGAGAUCUACAGGUGCCACAUCUUUACGAUGCCAAUCUUCAGAUAUAAACGGUUACCUUUGCCUGUUGAUACUAAUCUAGAAGAAGCAGACUUUGAUGACUUCAUCAGUACAGUCAGGGAGUGCCCAAGCCUCACCUUCAAGGAUAGUUGCAAAUCACCUCCUGCCCUCCUCUUUAAUUGUCAAACUGGAGUGGGACGCUCCAAUCUUGGAAUGAUAAUAGGUGCGCUGAUCAUGGCUCAUAGAACAACAUUUCCUCAGCUGGAAAGAUAUGAAAAGAGAAGUUUUUCUGGUCAAGAAAGUCACUUUCAGAUUGUUGAAAGUUACAGUGCCUCCUUUCCAAAUGGCAGAAAAAUUGUUGAAGAAGUGGACAGCAUUAUGAAUAUUUGCUCAGAAAUGUAUGAUUUGAAGGAAAUUAUUUACCUUUCCAAAAGUAAAGCACAAAAGCUCGCAGAGGAGCUUCAGAGCCAGGAAAUCAGUUUGCGAGAAAACCUGAUCAGCAAAGCAUUCCAGAUGAUUCAGAGAUAUUUUUACCUCAUUGCUUUUAACAGCUAUCUCCAUGAACAGUAUCCAUUAGCUUUCUCAGUCAUGUUCAGUACUUGGAUGCGGAGGAAACCCUUCUUCUACAGGCUACUGAGUGCUAUGUCUAGACUUGAGAUGAAGACUCCAGCUAAUCCCAUCAGUGGCCGCCAUUGUGUUCUAUUUGCGGAUGAAUCCCUGGAUCUUGAUGAAAUGAGUAGUCUGAGAGAGAUGAAGGUGGCAAACUACAGAAAAGUUUCAAAAAUGCCUGUAUGUGGAAUGGCACAACCAAAUCCAGAGGGACUGCAGCAUAUUCUCUCCUACCUAACAGACGAUUGCAGGAAGUUUAGCCGAGUUUUAUGUUUGAACCUGCGAGAGGAAGCAGUGUUGGAAGGUGAUGGAAAAAUGUAUUCACUCAGGGAGGUCAACAGCCUCCAACAGGAGAUCAUCAUUCCUGUGACAACAGCAGAGCAACUGGAGGAAGUGGAGACUGCCACCAAAGUGGAUGUGUUGAGCUCUCAGAAUGCUGUAGAGACAUGGCAUGAAGAAACAAAGCAGCUGAAGCAGUUUGCAUCGUGUAACACUCUGCAGGAGGUUUACACUCAGAUAGCCACGCAGUUUCCCCAAUUGCAUUACAAACGCAUUCCAAUUACAGACUGCGCGGCUCCCAGAGAAGAGGAUUUUGAUGCCUUCCUUAGGGUUGUGAAAUCACAUUUAACAACUCACCAAAACUGUGCUAUUAUACUAAACUGUCACAAUGGGAAAAGAAGAACUACUGUUGGGAUGGUCAUCUGCCUGCUUCUAACCUGGCACAUUAACGGAUUUCCAGAACCUUUUGUGGAGGAUAUGGUAAGCAUACCUGAUGCCAAGUAUACAAAGGGUGAAUUUGAGGCCAUUCUUAAUCUGGUUCGUCUUCUUCCAAAUGGUAAUGAGAUGAAGAAAGAAGUGGAUAGAGCUCUCGAUGCAGUGAGUGAUUCAAUGACUCCCAUGAUGCAUCACUUAAGAGAGCUCAUCAUCAACACAUACAAAAAGUCAAAAAGGGCAAAGGACAAAGAUAGUGCUUCAAGUUUACACUUGCGUAGUCUACAGUACCUGGAGAGGUAUUUUUAUCUUAUUCUUUUUGACACCUAUCUGCACCUGGAGAAACCAGGAAAAUGGGAAAGAUCCUUUAAGGAAUGGAUGGAUGAGGUGGCUGCUCCAGCAGGUGUCUUUGAAAUCUUGGACAAGUUGGGAUUUCCAGAGUUUGAAGACCCAGAAUCUACCUCCAUGUGCAGGAUGCGUUACAGGUGGCGACAACAGCAAGGUUAUAAGGCCCCUUCCUUUGGGGAAAUGAUUGAAUAAUUUGGACCGAAGAAAAAGUAGCUAUCUUUUUUAUUUAAAAUCAUUCAAAUGGCUGAGUCUUUUGACUUUCAAUCUAAGAAACUAUUGCAUUAAAUUCUUGUGGUAUGGCAAGAAUGAGUGCAGUUGUUCAUUCAGAUUAGUUAAGUGAGCAUUUUCAAAGAUUGUAAAUUUUGGGUUUUCUUUACGUUUGAGCCCAGAUGCAGUCACCUUAUGACUCUUAACUUACUUUCUUAAUCCAGACUUCUUGCAGUCAGGAGGUUGCUCAUGGUCAGUCAGGCACUUAGCUCUAUGAGAGUCUGGGGAUCUGUGUCCUUGUAGCUCAGGACUCUGUCUUGAAUGUCAAGUACAGGCAGUCUGGGGCUCACAGGUAAAUCAGUUGAGGUUCUGUAGAGACAUCUGACAGUGAGCUGCAGUGGUCAGCUGGGGCUGCUCUGUUGAGUCAAUCUGGAGGAGGAGGUGGUAGGUGAGUGCGACGCAGUCACUCAUCAGGCCUUUGUCUAUAAUGGUCAGGGGAAUUAUCAGUGGGCAGUCCACGGGCUUCUGGAGAUAACCAGCAAUGGAAUUCUUGGGAUGGAUUUCAUUUUACUGGAACGCUGAGGAAAAGGUGACUGUCAUGGGAAGAUAUUGUAGGAAGUAGAGUUGGACCUCCUAGCAAGUAGUAGGAAACUGAAAACUCUGGAAAGGAGGGGGUGGGGAGGACUGGUUUCAAUAGGCCAUGGUAACUCUGAUUUCUACAUAGGGAGGGUAUAUGGUAAACCAAGGCACAGAAAUUUCCAAAGUCAUAUGCUCUUCAGGUAAAAUGGAAACAUUAAUAGUCAUGCAAAUUAUCUCAGUGGAAAUGGGCGAUGUCUGAAAAGUCACACAGCUGCAAGGACACCAACACCACAAAGUACAUUCAGCAUUGGAGGAGGGGCGUGAUAUUUGUGUGACACAUGUGGAACCUGUAAGUCAUUCACACUGAGACAAACCUUGCCAUGUCAGAUUGAAUGUCAGCUUUGUAAUAACUACACAAAAUGGUGAGCACCACGUACAAAAUAGCCAGAGGAAGUUAUGUUUUUUCCUUUAGGAGUGGAGUAGAAUCCUUUAAAUUGGAAAUCCUCCUUAGGACAAUCGCAGCAAUUGUGCUUCACUGAUUCUAUUAAUGGCUCAAAUUUUCACUUUGUCAACAGGUCACUAAUUGAGCAUGAAUAUACAUUAAAAAUUACUGCUUCGGCCAUCAUGACCAAUACAUUUUUCUCACUAUUCACCUCCUUGUCAUGUUAACUACGGACCUGUAAUGAAAACAAACAGAAGCUGAAGUUCUGGUUUCACAACUGGAGCAAGCAUUGCCACUAUCUGUUCACAGUCUGGACUAUAAAUAUGCAAGGAUGUGGUUGGUGAUGAUCAAGGUAGCCUUUCCUUUGGGAUUAAAGGGAGUAAUGGUGACCUACUGGCAGAAUUCUACUCCUGUAAUGUAGCAUGACAGCAUAAUUGUGCAUCAUAUAAUUGGAUAAGGUGAUAUGCGUCCGAGCUUCUCAUGGAGGCAAGACAAAGACCUCCUUUGGGAUGAUCCUGUGCCAUGCUAUGAACAUGAAGCUUCCCUGUGAUAGAUGUGCAGAUGCAGGAUAUUCUCUUUUGUGUUCUCCUCUGACGUUAUUUGCUCAUGUAUCUCACAUGAAGACUGCAGUUCCUGAAGUCAUUCUGACCUUGGUGCAAUUCUGAAUGUAGAAGAAAAGAGCAAUCGAUACUUCAUCAGCAAGUCCAGCUUGAACAGCAACAGCAGCA